UUUUCCGUUCCCGUGCUGCACCAGACCGCAUCUUUCAGGACAACCACGACCACUCGUCUCCCAUUCGCAUGACCCUUAUUGGGAACACGUUCGAUACCACAUGGUGAAAGAGCACAGAGGUCCGGCUGGCCCUAGACCAGCCAACUUCUCCCCGACUAGACGGGACUUCUCUGCUACCACGAGGAACACAGCCAAUACAUCUCCCGUGAAACAAUCCAUCUUGGACGCACCAAUGCUCAGCGCCUCGACUUCGAAUCAUUCUCUGUUUUCCUUCAGCGGGAGGAAUGGCGACUCGCUGCCUACAAUUGAGCCAACGGGGUCCUUCGACUUCUUGCCCUCAGUGAGCUUUGACGAUCUUCAGACAAGCCUCGAGUCGGCUUCGACCGAAUUCAAACUGGCCCAGUUCCCGUCCCCGACUGGUCAAGGCAGCAUACUCGAGUCGCAAGGUCUCGGCAGCAACGCCACAAUGGCCGAUAAAUCUAAUCCUGACUCUCAAUCCGGCGCCGCCACUAUAUCAGCCUCGUUGAUCGCCAAUACUUCCACUCGCGGUGGCAAUCCUCCACCUGUUUCCCGUCCGGGCAGGUCCGGUUCAAUCCUGCGAAGACCUAGUACGUCGAGCCGGCAGCCCAGCAUCUCCUCCACAGUCUCCGGCUUCUCUGCCGCUGGCGACAACACUUCAACGGGCACCGCCUCCACGAGAACCCGUCGGCAGAGCCACUACCCGCCUGUGUCGAGUACCAACAUUGGCAAGCCCCCCAGGAAAUCCAUUGGCCCUGGUGUCAUCGAUGGUGACUAUUCUAUCCGUACAGGCCAGAAGCGGAGGCCUAGUCUCAUAUCCAAUAAUGGAACCGGCACAGAGUCCACACGGACAUCUCUGGAUGGCAAUGUCGGGUUGGGGCUCGGCCCUGCACGGAACCUCUCCGGCAUGACCAUCGCCAAUUCGCGUGCGGCUAAAGCCAGGUCUGUCGGCCAGCCGCUACCACGAACAAACUCCUCGAGCCUAACCGUAGGUAAUAUGCUCACUCCCGACCACAGCAAUCGCAUGUCCACCGCGAUUUCGCCGCGGUCCCCCAGAGUCGCAGGCAGGGGCAGUGCUGCUCCUGGCUCUGCCCAGUCCGCAGCCAACCAGAAACGCGCAACCAUGAUGUCCGGCAUGCCCAUACUCCCUCACCCCUGUGUUGCGACGGGCCUAGGUGCCCGAACCAUCAGCCCUACAGACACACGUCGGAUGAAGCGCAUGUCGAUGCACCAGCCUCAGAUUCUGGAUCGUCUGGCCAACGCGCCGCCCCCUCCGCCCUCCGAUAGUCGCGAACAGUCUAGGUCGCCGUCCAUGAUACCACGAAAAGCGUCCGCCACGCCUUCGUCGUCACGAACCACUCCUGAUACCAACAGAAAAUCACACCAAUCCGGCUUGUCAGUUGGGCCCUCCCUCUUUGCGCCCAAUUCCGUCAGAGCAUCGAUCGGACCUGCACCGCCGCGGCUGUCGACAUCAGGAUCUACCUCACGCUUACCGACCCCGAAGACGCUUCCCCCGCACCCUCAUAGUGGCAUCGUAGCCGACGAUCACGAGGGUGUCCCUCCUGUACCCGCGAUACCCAAAGCAUACGAGUCCCCGAAAGAUACUUCGGCCGAUAUAUCCUUCUUGGACAAGCGGAAGGCCACUUUGGCGGCCGACGCUAGCAGUAUUCAUAGCAACAACUCCACCGGGAGCUUUUCCAUCCCUUCUGGACCUGAGACCGGGGGCAGAGUCCGACGGAAGGCAAGUACCCGGAAGUCAACCAAUGCGGCAGUACCGGAGACGGAAAAGAAAUCUGCGCUGGCUCAAACAAAAAGACAUCCCGCGGGCUUACGCCUGCCGCCCAUUACGGUCGGUCCUCUGAAUCCCUCCACCGCUGCCAGAGUCGCCGCUUUGCAGGAACAGGGUCAGUCGGAACGGAAUCUGAGCCCCCCACCGUCUCGGGUUAUUGCCAAGACACCGUCAACCCCAAUGACCGCCUCCAGGAGCACAUUCUUCUCGAGGAAUUACCAAGAUGGCCACACGGAGCCGCUUCAUUUUCGGAGCAGCAGCACCGUACAUCAUUCCCGUCUCGACAGUGCUUCGGGUGCCGGCGGUACAAGCUCAUCUGAGUCGAUCAUAGGUUGUGGAUCCGAAGUUCCCAGCCGGAAGCCUAGUAUGUCUCCUUUCUUAUCCUCCUCGGUGCCCAGAAACGGCCUGGAUCCCGAGUUCAUCAGGAGACCCAAGACUGGCGACAUUGGCAAUGUGACGGAGCCGAUCCUAGAUGCGAGAUCCCAACAGAAGAAGCCUUCUGGUCCUAGGGCGCCGAAACUAGCCAAGUCAAGGACCAAGUCGCCACCCCCUGCCUCAGACCCUGAGGAACCACCGACGCCGUCAUCGAUGAGCUCGCUGCGGAGAAAACUGAGCCUUUCAUGGAAGAGGGGAACAUCGAAGAACGGGACCACCACCAAUCCGUCCGGCGCCGCGGAUAAGGUUCCCGACCUGGCCAAGCAGGACAGCAUGCCUCCCCCUCGCAUUCCCAUUUCGGCAACUGUCGGAAGCCUGGAUUCGGUACAAGCUCCCAGCCCUAAUACGUCUCUCAAAUCUUCGGGUACUUAUCUGGAAAGCCGAAGACGGAAGAGCUCCGCGUCGGGGCUGCAGGGCCAUGGUCACGAGAGGACAAAGAGCGAGAGCCUGGGGCAGAAUGGCAGUCCCCGAAGGGAACCAGGAAACGGCCCGGCUGCGGCUGCGGCUGCGGCAGACCACCAAGGUGGCGCCUCGCGCAACGCGUCUGUCAUGCAGAGGAUUCUUCGCCCCAAAGCAUCUGCCUCCUCAAUCCGACAGCAAGAUCCCUGGACGGCCGAGCUCGACAAGCACGACCUGAUUGCGGAGGAUGAAAUGAGAAAGAUGGGCUUGAGAAGAGACGAAACCGAAAUCGCCGCAAAGUCCCUCGACGCACUGAGGAAACGUGCGACGCCUAAAGAACGCGUCAGUGCGGCGGAAGCAGUCAGGAUAGCCAUGCUCAACGUGUAUGAGCGAGGUGAGAUCAUGGACUAUGACGACGUCUACUUCUGCGGCACGCAGAACGCGAAAAAGGUCGUCGGAGAUCUCCAAUCGGCCAAGCCUAACUUUGGAUAUGACGACGACCGUGGUGAUUAUACCAUCGUUCCGGGGGACCAUCUCUCCUAUCGGUAUGAGAUCAUCGACGUACUAGGAAAGGGGAGCUUCGGCCAGGUGGUCCGCUGCAUCGACCACAAGCUGGGUGUCUUGGUCGCCGUCAAAAUUAUUCGCAACAAGAAGCGGUUCCACCAGCAGGCUCUUGUCGAAGUAAACAUCCUGCAGAAAAUCCGCGAAUGGGAUCCCAAGAAUACACACAGCAUGGUCCACUUCACGCACAGCUUCUACUUCCGUGGACAUCUCUGUAUCUGCACGGAACUCCUUGACAUGAACCUUUACGAGUUCAUCAAGGUCAACUCUUUCCGCGGGUUCUCCCUCAGGCUUAUCCGGCGGUUCACCAAGCAGAUACUUAGCUCGCUGAAUAUGCUGAAGAAACACAAGGUUAUUCACUGCGACUUGAAGCCCGAAAACAUCUUGCUGCGGCACCCGCUCCAUACCGAGAUUAAGGUCAUCGACUUUGGAUCCAGCUGUUUCGAGAACGAGAAGGUCUACACGUAUAUCCAGUCGCGGUUCUACCGCUCUCCAGAAGUCAUCCUCGGCAUGUCGUACGGAUUACCCAUCGACAUGUGGAGUCUGGGCUGUAUCCUUGCCGAACUUUACACGGGGGUGCCCAUCUUCCCUGGCGAGGACGAGCAGGAGCAGCUCGCAUGUAUCAUGGAGGUUUUCGGUCCACCGGAGAAGCACUUGAUCGAGAAGAGUACAAGAAAGAAGCCCUUUUUUGAUUCCAUGGGGAAGCCCCGCCUGGUGCUAUCCUCCAAGGGCCGCAGGCGUCGCCCGUCCUCUAAAACGCUACAGCAAGUCCUCAAGUGCGACGACGAGCCAUUCCUCGAUUUCGUGGCCAGGUGCUUGCGGUGGGAUCCGGACCGACGCCUCAAGCCUGAGGACGCCAUUUACCACGAGUUCAUUACGGGUAGGAAGACGAGCGUACCACUGCCACGGGUUCCCGCUCGAGACAGCUCUCCGGUCAAGCGCCACAACACCAUCUCGACACCCAGACCCCUCCCCGAACCUCCCGGGGGCGGCAAUAAGGGUAACGGACCCUCACUGCGGCCCCGUGAGGCGUCCGGGGUCAGUCCUCAUAAACCCGUUUCGGGACCUGUGCGCCGGCCGUUGGGAGCCAACGGUGCACUGCAUGUGGCCUCGGCGAAGCGCACCAGUACUGGGCCUGUCGGCACUGUUCCCGGCACGAGCCAUCUCCCCCGGGUCGCUGGUAGAAGCGUUAGCGCCAAACAAGACCUCGCCUCAGCUGGAGCCGCCGCAGCUAUGAGUCGACGAGCAUGAAAGACAUGAUUCAGUUGCCAUGAGUCCUUACCUCGGCCAAUCCUAGUGGCCAAGGGUGAUAAAAAUGGACUGCGGAUACCAUGGACCAAGCAUAUGCAAUGCCUGCUGCACCAUGUAAUUUCUUUCUUUCUUUUUUUUUUGAGCAUGACGGUUCUCAUCACGAUACGAUGACAAGUAUACCUACA